AACUGGCUGAGUUUUCUGUGAGCCUUUAAAAGCACUGGGACAAGUGACCUAUCCAGCCAAGGUCCUUUCUUAAAUAUUGGUCCUUCCUCACCAAGGAGGAAGAAAAGAAUGUCUGGGGAGAGAGAGUGGUUGAAAAAAAUUCAGGAAGAAAAUGCACACCUGAAAAAUCAGAUCAGGCUGUUUAAAGAAAACUACGAAUUGCGCUUAUUGUUGGGCCAGCAGGGCAACCAUGUCCAGUCAUCAGCACCUCAGAGUCCUUCUGUGUAUCCUGAACACAGUUCAUUGUUAAAAGCUCAGAGUUUUGGAAGAGACCAUUUAAAUUACCCUCCACACAUCAUCUCCAAAGACACCGCAGUUCUGCCCAGUCCCAGUGCCCAGACAGAGGUGAAGCGGCUCCACAAUGACUCCCUCUUUUUUCAUCCCAGAAGUGGGGAUAAGAAAGCCACGUACUUGUCAAGCAUGUCGUGCUCAACCAUAGCAAGAAAACAUCUUGAAGAACCAGCAGAGCUUUCUGCACUCAAGAAGGCUUGGCUCACAGAUGGGGAUUUUCCUCGAGCUCACAACAAAGCUGGACGGAUGCUUGGUUCAAGUGACCUGCUAAAUCACUCACCAACAUGGCAAGAAGACCUAGCUUCCUCAAAAGCGACCAACAUAUCAAACAAAGAGGAUGGCCUCACACAGAGCUCAUUUCCUGAUGACCUCAAAAUAUGCAAAGGAGGUUCUUCCUCAAGGAUUUCUGAAAGGCAAUCCUAUCAUCUGUUCAGCAAUGCCCGGGACUCUAGCACAGAUAAAACACAGCCAGAAUCGCAAGAUUUGUCUAGGAAGAAGAAAGUUUCCUUUUCGGAUGGGCCUGACUCAGACAACUUAAGGAAGUUCCAUACAUUCUACUUAAAUGAUAUUGAAAUUGCUCAAAAUAGUAAGAAAAAUGGCCGUAUAGUGGGAGAGAUUGCCUUUCAGCUAGACAGGCGUAUCCUUGCACAUGUGUUUCCUGGCAUCACACGGCUCUAUGGAUUCACAGUGUCUAAUAUUCCUGAAAAGAUCAAACAGGUCUCCAUGAAAUCUUUAGAUGGCUCUGUGGAUGAGAAAAAAUAUCGAACCUUGACCCAGCGCUACCAAGACCUGACUUCCCGCCUGGAGAAGAUGGGCUAUCAGAUCGAUAUUCACCCGGUGUUUAGCGAAUUUCUCAUCAACACCUAUGGCAUCCUAAAGCAAAGGCCUGACCUGACCUCCAAUCCCCUGCACAACAACCCUGCGGACCUUAGGAAGGUGGUCAUUGACAUAGUUCCACCAAAAUUCCUUGGAGACACUUUGCUGCUGCUGAACUGUUUGUGUGAACUUUCUAAAGAAGACAACAAGGCCCUCUUUGCUUGGUAGUGCCCUUCUGUAACACUUGCUCUCAGAUGUCACAUAGAAGGGAUACACAGACACAACAUUUAUGUAAUAAAAGGAUAACUGCUGAAAAUGGGCACGGAAUAGUGUGUACGAUUUUGUGUUGGACUGUUUUUAGAUGAUCUGUUUAUUCUGCUUCAUUCAGUUUGGAUAACUUUAUUGUUUUCUAAAGUGAUAACUGUAUUUUUAUAUUUGAAUUGUUGCGAGCUGCUACAAGCUGCCUGGCUUGAUGGUGGUACUUAAUGGUGAAAUGUCAGUAUAAGUGAAAUAAAAUUAAAUAUAAUAAAAUAGUCCUCAUUUUACAAAUGUCA